AUGGAGAAACGUCAGCACGUCUCUCUCUGCUGUCCACAGUUCAUUCUCUCAGGACUCACAGAUCGUCUGGAGCUGCAGGUCCCUCUGUUUGUGUUGUUCCUACUGAUGUAUAUUAUCACUGUCAUGGGGAAUGGGGGGAUGAUCUUCUUAAUCACAAUUGAACCCCAGCUCCACACCCCCAUGUACUUUCUCCUCAGGAGUUUGUCUUCCUGUGAUCUCUGUUAUUCCUCUCUAAUUGCCCCUAAGAUGCUGCAGAAUUUCUUAGCUGAGAGGAAGAGCAUCUCUCGCAUGGCCUGUGCUGUGCAAUUGUAUUUCUCUAUCUUUCUCGCUGAUGUUGAGUGUCUGUUGCUGACUGUGAUGGCCUAUGACCGUUAUGUGGCCAUCUGUAACCCACUGCUCUAUACGGUCACCAUGUCCAGGCAGCGUUGUAAUCUGCUGGUGGCUGGAGUGUGUGCUGUAGGGUUGGUGGAUGCGUUCAUACUCACAUAUUUUACAUUCCGCCUGUCAUUCUGCCGCUCCAACCUCAUCAGUCAUUUCUACUGUGACAUGCCCCCGCUGCUAGCACUCUCCUGCUCUGACACCCACACUUGUGAGAUUGUGUUAUUUGCUUCCAUGUGCUACAUUGUAGUGCUCAACAUUGUUAUCCUCCUCCUCUCCUAUGUCUGUAUCGUGGCCACCAUCCUGCAGAUCCGCUCUGCCGAGGGCCGGUACAAAGCCUUCUCCACCUGCACUUCCCACUUGUGCACAGUGGUCAUGUUUCAUGGUACCCAGCUCUUCAUGUAUUUACGUCCUCCCUCCAGCUACUCUAUGGAAACGGACAAAAUAGCAUCAGUGUUUUACACGCUGGUGAUCUCCAUGUUGAACCCCCUCAUCUACAGCCUGAGGAACAGAGACGUGAAGGACGCCCUGAGGAAAGCAGCAAAUAAAUUGCUACCCAAGUCUUGA